UGCGCUCUAAAUAGACUGUAUUGUAAUCUUCUCUCAGUCCAACGUGGUUCCUUCACCCGGGCUCCGCUCUUCCCUUCUCUACACUUGUUUGAUUUAUGAGGACUCUAAGAUGAACCUGGAGCAGGAAAGGCCCUUCGUCUGCAGCGCCCCGGGCUGCUCCCAGCGCUUCCCAACCGAAGACCAUCUGAUGAUUCAUAGACACAAGCAUGAAAUGACUUUGAAGUUUCCCUCGAUAAAAACAGACAGUUUGCUGUCAGAUCAGACUCCGACACCCACUAGAUUCCUGAAGAACUGUGAGGAGGUGGGCCUCUUCAAUGACAUCGACUGCUCCCUAGAACACGAGUUUCGGAAGGCCCAGGAAGAAGAGACCAGUAAAAGGAAUAUCUCAAUGCACAAUGCAGUUGGCGGAGCGAUGCCGGGGCCUCAUCAGCUGGGCACCACAAGGAUGCCAAACCAUGACACCAGCGUUGUGAUUCAGCAGGCCAUGCCCUCCCCCCAGUCCAGUUCUGUGAUCACACAGGCACCUUCCACGAACCGACAAAUCGGGCCUGUCCCAGGCUCUCUAUCGUCACUUCUGCACCUUCACAACCACAGACAGAGACAGCCCAUGCCAGCCUCUAUGCCCGGGACCCUGCCGAAUCCUACCAUGCCUGGUUCUUCCGCCGUCCUGAUGCCGAUGGAGAGACAGAUGUCCGUGAACUCCAACAUCAUGGGCAUGCAGGGCCCGAACCUCAACAACCCCUGCGCAUCCCCCCAGGUCCAGUCAAUGCACUCGGAAGCCAAGAUGAGGCUGAAGGCAGCUCUGACUCACCACCCUGCCGCCAUGUCCAAUGGAAACAUGAACAGCAUGGGACACAUGAUGGAAAUGAUGGGCUCUCGCCAGGACCAGACGCCACACCAUCAUCUGCACUCGCACCCCCAUCAGCACCAGACACUGCCGCCCCAUCACCCGUACCCACACCAGCACCAGCACCCGGCCCAUCACCCUCAUCCACAACCCCAUCACCAGCAGAACCAUCCGCAUCACCAUUCUCACCUUCAUGCACACCCAGCACAUCACCAGACCUCGCCACAUCCUCCCUUGCACACGGGCGGCCAAGCACAGGUUUCACCAGCGACACAGCAGAUGCAGCCCACCCAGACGAUACAGCCACCCCAGCCUACCGGGGGGCGUCGGCGAAGGGUGGUGGAUGAGGACCCAGACGAGAGGCGGAGGAAGUUUCUGGAAAGGAAUCGAGCAGCUGCCACCCGCUGCAGACAGAAGAGGAAGGUCUGGGUGAUGUCAUUGGAAAAAAAAGCGGAAGAACUCACCCAGACAAACAUGCAGCUUCAGAAUGAAGUUUCCAUGUUGAAAAAUGAGGUAGCCCAGCUGAAACAGUUGCUGCUAACGCAUAAAGACUGCCCAAUCACAGCCAUGCAGAAAGAGUCGCAGGGCUAUCUAAGUCCCGAGAGCAGCCCUCCGGCCAGCCCAGUCCCGGCUUGCUCCCAGCAGCAGGUCAUCCAACAUAAUACCAUCACGACUUCCUCAUCGGUCAGCGAGGUCGUCGGGAGCUCCACUCUCAGCCAGCUCGCCUCUCACAGAACAGACCUGAACCCCAUCCUUUAGGACUCACGGCUCCCCCGUUGCUCCAGAGACAAGCAGUGUCAGCCUCUUCGAGAGCGUCCUUUUUCCGCUAAGGGCAUUUUUAGAAUUAACUCAAACCUGGAAAACUCCUCAAGCCCUUCCAAGACUGGCUUUCCUUCAUUUUUAUAGUUAUUAUUGAAAUGUGUCUUUUAUACUUAGUUAUAAAAAAAGGGAGUUAUGCAAUUAAUAUGCUAUCUGCUUGGGAAACACUUUGGUGCUUUCUUCGACUUUCUAGUACCAGUUAUUCAUUGAUGAACUGACCUCUUUCGUACAUAGCCGUGACUUCAUGCUUCUCAGUCUAACCCCAAGGCCUCAGAUCUAGAAAGUGGGCCCAAUGGAAUAUUCCAUUGAAACUUCUCCUGAGGUAACUUGGGGCUCCAUCUGGGGGAGAGCAUCACAGCCAACAUGGAGGCGUUGGGCUUGGGACAUCCCCAGAGUCCCAAGGGAGAUUUAGAAUCUUCACGGCUGCUGUUGUUGCUGGGGGGUUUCCCCCCCUUUCUUCCUUUAAAAAAAUUAUAUAAUACAUGGAUAUCUGGACAAAACGAAUAAAAUAAAACUGAAAAAAAUUCUCUCUAACAUUUCUAUCCCUCUUCUCUCUUUUUAGCCUCUUGGCUUGAAUCUUCUCAUUUUCUCCCAAGCAAAUUGGCCCUUUGUCCUCCCCUGACUCACCAGUGGCAUUUCUCCUUUCCCCUACAUUCUCUCUUUUCUCGUUUCCACCUAUUUCUCCUCCCUUCCCUCCCCUCUAUGAGCAAAAAAAAAAGGGGGGGGGUUGUUUUUAAAACAACCCACUUCUCAGAACGAUCCGCCCAGCCCUUGCUUUCAAUAGCCCUUCACCCACAGCUGGGGUUCAUUUAAGCUCUCCGUUUUUACAAAAUAAAAACCAGGAGAUGUUUCAUGUGCCUGAUUUAAUGUUUUUAAUAAACAGAGCGAGUUAGAAGCAGCCUCGCCACAGGUGAAACGCUAUUGACAGCCAGCUGUGGGGACACUGGGAAAGGGAGCUUUGUUCAAGCCUGUAUUGUGAGUCAGAGCCCGCUACGGGCCAUAACAUCACACCCUUGAAUUGCAGCGGGUUUGAGACGGCCCGUCUGUAGCCCUGAAAAUCCAUGUACUAUAUAAUAACUCAGAGGGGCUCUAUUCACGACACCCGUUACGUCGUCCCAUCAUCGACUGCUAAUCGCCUAAGAUUUAUUUUUCGUUUUAAGCCUGUGAAACCGACUCCAUCAUCCCGAUGGGCGAGGGAAGAGCGGUGUCGACUCCUGACCAAAGCCAGUGUUUCCACAGGUGCUCUUCCUCCCCUCAUCUCCAUGGCGGUAGCUUUGGGCCGCCCAGAAGAUCUGCCAAGAGAAUGGCGAAGAAGCUUCGCGGCUGAACUCAAAACGAUUUCUCGAUUUCUCGUCUCGACGACUUGUAUGAAACUGUGCAUUUCCAUGCUGCCCCAUGAAUCAAGGCUGGUAUCUUUGAAAUAAGCUAGUCAGUGGCACUAACUGGCGAUGAGACUUUUUUUUGACAGGUGUUACGCUUCAUCUCCACAGUUCAUUUGGUUUUCUUGGUGGUUGUUUCCCCCGAUGGGCGCGUCUGCUUCGAAAGAUCAGCACCAUCGUUUUUUCUAAAAAGUUCCCCAAGUGGCGAAUGUGUUAUUUUUUCUUUUUCUGUCUUUCUGUCUCUCCGAGUGAAUAGAGCCUCUUUGGAAGAAAACAAGAAAACUAUGAGGGUCACGAGUCAGGAUUUUAAAGACAGUUUAUGUACUCCAGUUAACUUUUUAUUGAUUUUUUUCCGACGACUCUUGCCAUGUAUGUGACUGCUUUCAGAGAAGGUUUUGAGUGUACUGCGUAUCUCAUGACUUGAUUAUAUAGUCUAAGAACCAAAAAAAAAAUUAAGAAAAAAAUAAAUGUAAAGGAUUUUUUUAUUAUAUUUUAGACAAACAUAUAAUUUUAAAGUAUUUUAAAUACUGAAUCUAUAGGUCAUUUUUAAAUAUGCUCCAGAGGUAACAACUGGAUGGGUUUGCUCGAUUUUACCUCCUGAGAAAGCAUUCAAAGGACUAGCUUUGAAAGAAACCUGUCAUUUGUAUCUCAGCUCUGCAAAGAGGAGGUUAUUUUUCAUCACAAAUUCUUUCCUACGACUUCACGUCUGUCCUAAAAGGAGGGAGAGGGCGUUGGAGUGGGAGAUAAGCCGCUGCAGUGUUCAUUUUUUAUUGGGGGGGGGCAGGGUUUUUUUUUGAAGGAGGAGACACACAACGAAAACAAAACUUUUCUCAUUUUCCUGUCUAUGGAGUUCUUAACGAAAUAGACUUUAAACGGGCACUGCUAACGUCAGGAAGCCCAGCGACUGACAUGUCACUAAAUCAAGGUUGGGCUUUCCUUUUUGUUCAGACUCUUAAUUGAUAUAUUUCGCCGUUACGCUGAAAGCCUCUGACGGUUAAGAACUUGCCUGAGUUUUUCUUAAUUCAGCAGGGUGACAGCCUGACUGAUGGGCAUUCUAUAUAGCUCAAUUACGUCUGUUUUUUAUGCUAAGCAGGGCAAGCCAACCGCACACGGUAGCAAAGCGGCCCAAACGUAUAAUUAGACUAAACUGUCUUCUUUCCAGACCGAGGGCCUUUAGGUGUAUUCAUUAGCAAUGGGGAAAUCCAGGCAAUAAAAGACGUCAGGGGACUUGUCAGGACUUCUGGAGACGCCGAACAGAAUGGAGGGCUCCCUGGCCAAAGCCAACGCCGGGCAACGCGACUGGGGGCAUUUCAUGGACUGGAGCGCCGGGGCCACCAAGCACCUUAAGUCAGCCACGGUGGGAUGUCCUCCCUUGCCCGAGACUGUUCCUGCCCUUCUGCCUCUCCAGUGUGUCUCAGCCUGCACGCGGAUGAUGCUCUCCACUCUUCAUCGCGUCUUCAGCACCCCCCACCCCCUCCCGUUCCUUUGUAAGCCAUCUCCUCCGUGAACUAGAUCAUCGCAUUGGCCCAAGAGCGCCUCCUACCCGCAGGCCAAGAGAGAGAGAGAGUUUACAAACUGCCUUUCUUCGUCCAAAAGUUGUUUAUUUAUCAUCCCUGCCGGGCUACCUGGGAACCUUGGCAGGGCCUCCCAGGCACUAACAGCAACACAGAUAGGCAAGCCUGAUAGCGUGUCUGCCGGGGAGCCUCCCGCCAAUGGAGGCAUCCGCAGCUUAAUUGCUUCAUGAGACAUUUCUCAACAUCCGGGGCCCGAACAGGUAGGGCGAAAACCCCAGCCUUGGUGGAUUGCGAUCAUUGUUCAGCUCCGUGUUUUCUCCCGAUGAUCCUCCCACUUAGCUCGCUUCCCCACUCCCCAAGCCAACUUAUGCAAGCCAUAGUCAUGCCGCUGCCAGGGAGAGACAAGCGCUUGGUGAGCCUUCCUGGCGUGUUCUACAGGGAUGAGGAUGAUUUCAAGAGAAGGGAAUAUUCCUGGGAGCUCUCCAUGCCAUGCACCUAUAUGCAGCCCAUAUGAGGAGGGGUGGCAAGUCAACGGGAGAUCUGCCCACCAGUUACAUGAAUUUUAGCGUAGUAGCAGCGCUUGUCAUCCAUAUCAUAGACCAGCUUUUUUGAGGGGAGGGCAGAAAAUUCCCAUUUUUAAGUAACUAUAACUGCCAUUAAAAUAGCCUUUCAGCUAGGAUAGAAUGUGCUUCUUUGUGGUUUCAUGUCAGACUUUCUCAACCAUAUCCACUGAAAUAUAAGUCAAAUUUGAGGACCAAAGCAACAUUUGAACAGGAAAUUUUUCAUUUAGAAUUUUGUGACAUAUUUAUUAAUAAAUGUUAUUUUUAAACAUUCCAUCUGAGCAGUAUUCUUGUGGAGGCUCUGUUUGUUUUUGGAAGUCAAGCCGUUUGUUUGCAGUAAGCCCAGAUGUGCAGUAUCCCCAGUUUGUCUUUCCGGGUCUUAAAUGGCCAUUCUCCAUCUCUAGAUGGAAAAGUUCACUUAGGUGGACCCGUACAGAUGUCUAGGGCUUCAUUGUUCUGAGGGUUUUUUAGAAUCCGCUUCUGAGCGCUGAGAAACAAUGAUGGCAAUUAUUUCCUUUUUUUAUUUUAAAAGGCGCCCUUUUAUUUGGGGCAGCCAAGGUCAGCUAGAGGGGAAUCCGUUAUAACUGGAAAUGCUUUCUUUAGCCAUCCAACAUGUCUCACAAAUGUCGAAACAACGGGGUCUCAGCUUUCUUCCGUUGAAUUUCCUCCAAUGACUGCCAUUCCCCUAACCUACCCAAUGCUGGAGACUUCAGAAGCCCCGUUGGGCCCCACAGCAGAGAAGGGGAAGGAAAUAGCUCAUUAAGAUUUGAAUGAGAGCCCUGCCUAUCACAAGAGUUGGGAAUUGGAGUCUCUUUUCUACUUUUCACCUUAUUUAUAUUUUUAAAUUGCACUUUAGUGUCUUUGUUCUUUUUCUACUUCUCUUCUUGGCCCCAUCCCUGACCUUUGGCCCUUGGUCCCUGGUCCUUUGACCUUCCUUUGCUUGUUGGUCUGGCCCAGUCUCUCUUUUCCCUCCUUUGCUCCUUUUCCAUGACUCCGUGCAAACCCACUUACCACACUGGCUCAGACAUUGGCACUGAUGGCUAUUGAACCUUGUUGACUCUCCCAGUAGCCCAAGAUAAGGACUGCUAAGAGAACAGAAUGCCAAGGAGAAGAACCAGUCAGUGCCCAAAAAGACUUAGCCUCUUUGCCAACCUAGGAUGGCAUACAAAUGUGUUAAUAUGCAAAAUGUGGGCAGCAGAGCCUCAGCUAGACUUUCAAAAUGCCCUUGUUCCUCCUGAGAACCAAAGUGUCCUGAAUGGGUAAGGGGAUGGAUUGUUCAAGGUCAAUAUGGCAGCUGCACUUUAGUUAGUUUCCGACCUGAUGUAGCAAUGAGGCCACUGAGAUACCAGUGGCUGGAAAUGGUGGACUCUAAGUCCCUAGAAUGCUCUGCUGCCUUUCUAAUCUCCUGAGGGGCAGCACCCCUGCUUUAAGGCUCUGGCCUAAGGACAAGCAAAUACAAAAGCAAUAAUAUUUCUAGUGAAGUCAAAUACCAAAAAAGCAAAACAAACAAAAAAAAGCAAAAACAACAACAACAAAAAAACAGCUCCCUGAUCCCUAACGUCAAAUUCCCAACUCCAUCAAUGCGUAGAGUCAUUGUCAAACUGGAAAUGGGUCUCUUUCUAAAAUCUCCUAUUUUUGUGUGUCAGGAGAUGGGGUGGGAUGAAGAGAGGGAACGGUUUCCAGUGACCGUCACGAAAAUUGUUUCAAGAGUGUUUCUAUUUUUUUUGUUUAAUGUUCAUGAAUUUUCUUUGGGAAACUUGUUUUCUCACCAGGUUGGAAGAAAAGAAGCCAACCCCUGAUCCUGAGUUCCAAGAGAAACUCAGUCAGGCAUUCUUGGCUCUCUUGUCAGACUUGUCCCUUCAUGGGACGGGUCUCCAGAUUGCAAUUAGACCCAGUUCUGAUAUCUGGCAUGUUAGAAAUCAAUAUUGUGUUGUCUUUUCCUGUACCAUGCUCACCUUUCCUCGAGAAAGCUUUAUAGUCCGAGUCUGGGACUCAGGGGGCUUAUUGAGAAAGUGGAGCCCUUCUAGAUGUCGUGUAAAUACCCCUCUGAAAUGGCCAUAUCUGGUUUGCCCACUGAGAAUCUCAACCCGACAUCCACGACUCGAGUGGGUCAAAGGAAGGGGAGCAUCGAGGGAAGGGGGCCUCCUCGUUGUUUCCCCAUCACAGUGCCUUGCGCAGGGUAGGAACUGAAUUCAAGUGGAAGUCAUCACAGCAGAGGAAAUGUUCCAGCCCACUGGGACAAGUCGAUCCUCUUGGACUCUUCUCUACAGUCUGGGUACCACUAUGACCAUCUCUGACUCAUGAAGAUGCUUCGAAGGAAUAAACAAGAUGUCUUUGAGAUGCGUCUUAGAGGGUAGAGAGGCUUUCUGGAGAGCUUAAAGCCCAGGGGAUGGAACUUCCGAGGCUCUGGCGGUCCCCAGCCCCCCAAAACAACUGCUAUGGGGAGAGUAGACAAGAUGGCCCCGGAGACCUUUUUUUUCUUUUUACUUUUUCACUGGGGAUAGUGAGCAUUCAGAGGUCCCUCCAAAAGGUGCUGUCACUGAGUUAUGGGCUUGGGGCUGUUUGUUAUUGUCAACAGCAAAAUUUCCAUGUUUGUUUGUCUCUUUGUUUAAUUAUGUAAAGCAACCACCUUCCUUCCUGGGAGGAGAGAACAUUUUGGUACAUACGUGUAAAUACUUGCUGCCGCCUUUGAUAUGUUUAAUUUUAUGUUAAGCUUUUUGUUCUUGUUCUUGCGUCGUGAACACAUGUAUUGUUGUUACAAAUGGACAAUGGGUUCAUUGAGACUGUUCCACUCGCUCAGAUUUUUACAUCUCUUUCUAUCGAGAAGAGACGAGAUUUUGUGCAUUUGUACAAAUGUUAAUAAUAUCACUGCAAUUCCAAUAUAAUAAAGCCCUCAAGUGCAAAGAA